AUGACGACGCACCGGGCGCAGCUCCGCGCCGCGGUGCGCGACCUAUCGGACCGCGGCCUCAAGUGCUCCGCCAAGUGGGCCGCGGAGCAGCUGGUCGGCCUCGCGGGCGGCCCUCUCGAUGACGAGGCGGGCACGUCGGACGCGCCGAUGUCGCCGGCGGAGGAGGUUGGAUCGCGGGAGGAGGAGGACCAGCUGCUGCUCGCCAAGGCCUACUUCGACCUCAACGAGUUCAAGCGCGCCGCGCACGCACUCCGCGUGGCGCGCGGCGCCUCUGGCCGCUUCCUUCGCUGGUACAGCCUCUUCCUCGCAGGCCAGAAGCGGCAGGCGGAGGAGGAGGCGGAGGAGCGGUCGGGCGGCGUUGGGCACGCCUUUUGGAAGGACAUGGGGCAGAUAGAGCGACGAGAGACGCCACAAAUCGCGGCGUGGCGGCAGAGCACCACCUUCCUGCGCACCUUCUUCGACGGGUGA